AUGAAGGUAGAGAAAAGCAGCUUAGAUUCCUCUCCUGAAUUUCAUGAUCCUGGAUAUUAUAAUAUGGAAAACAGGAUAGACUCAGUUACUCCUUUACUUCAUCGAUUCCCAUAUUCUAUUGUAUGGACUCCUAUUCCCUUGUUAACAUGGUUUUUUCCUGUUAUUGGACAUAUGGGAAUCGCUAAUUCAUAUGGUGUUAUAUAUGACUUUGCAGGCCCUUAUACUAUUGGGGAGGACCAAAUGGCUUUUGGAUGGCCAACGAUGUAUGUUUCACGACAAUACAGCCUGAUCUUCAAUUUCCUUAGAUAUUACCAACCCCAUGCUAAACUGAUUGGGAGUCGGGAAGUCUGGGACAAUGCCAUCUCUGAAGCGAAUGAAGUUUAUAAAGGACGAGUGCAUAACCUUUUUUGUGAUAAUUGCCAUAGUCAUGUGGCAUAUGCUUUCAACAAAAUGCGAUUUCAAGAUAAGGGGAAUUGGAAUAUGUUCAGUGUUACUGCAUUAUUAUUCUUUCACGGAAAGUAUGUUAGUAAACGUCACUGUUUUUCAUCAUGGUUUCCAUUCAUUCUUGUUUUAUGUUUUUAUCGAAAGAGACUAGCUGAAUGUUUUCAUUUAUAUGAGAGUACUAAGCACAAAACACCAAAUGAUUCGUUCUUUAUCAACCCGAUUACAAAGCAACAUUUACGUUGUAAUCUAAUAAUUGACAAUAAAUCUGCACAUCAUCAAGUUUCAUCGUCUGAAUUCUCUGCUCAAGAGAGUGCAAAAAAUCUAAAUUCGAUUACCGUAUGGUAUGCAAUAUUACCUAUGGUUGUCGACCAAACAUCGAGACUUGAUAAAACAUCUGCUGGCGAAGAUCUAGAAACUCAAUCUGAGAAGGUUCUUGUUGAAGAUUUUUCACAAGAAACAGUGUCUAUCACUAUCUCAGAAUCACUCACAGAUGGGACAGAUGCCUCUACAACUAUAAAUUCACAAUCAACCAAUCAUGAGAAUAAAUCAGAAACACUUCAAACAUUUACACGUUGUAAAAGUCCAACUAAUAAUAACAAUUCAUUAAGUAGUUCAUCUAAUGCAACAUCUCUUGAAUAUUCACAAACAUCAAGUCCAGGUGAUUCUGGUCGUCGACGUUUAGUACCAGAUUUCAAUAUAGAUGAUUUAUUAUUAAUAUCUGAAUUAGGUCGUGGUAAUGGUGGCAUUGUAACAAAAUUACAACAUAAAUCAUCUGGUACAUUUUUAAUUAGAAAAACAUUUGAAUUAGAUGUAAAAACUACUACAAGAGCACAGAUUGUUAGAGAUUUACAAGUCCUUUGGGAGUGUAUAUCACCACAUAUAAUUGAAUUUCAUGGAGCGAUACAUUCUGAAUGUUUAAUAAGUAUAUAUAUGGAGUAUAUGGAUGUUGGUGGAAUGGAUUUACUAUUGAAAAUGGUAGGACGUUUCCCUGAACCAAUUAUAAUUCAUAUCGCUGAUUCAGUUGUAUCAGGUCUACUUUACCUCUGGCAAGAGUUGCAUAUGUUUCAUCGUAAUUUGAAACCAUCCAAUAUACUCAUUAAUCGUGCUGGUACUAUUAAAUUAUGUGAUUUUGUCGUCAGUUUGCAGCUGAGUGAAUAUGUAGCUUCUGGAUUUUUAGGAUUCUCCACUUACAUAGCACCUGAACGUCUGGCAGGUGAACUAUUCAGUGCAGCUAGUGAUAUAUGGAGUCUUGGAUUGACAUUAAUGGAAUUAGCUAUUGGACAAUAUCCAAUCCCAUCUAUUGAUCCAGUUGAUUUUGUACGUGCAUUUGCGCCAGAUCAAGAAACAAACAUGCUUGAACAUUUUAGAGCUGCAAAAACUGGUGAAUUAUUACCUGCCCUUACAGAUCCAAAAAGUCGAUCAACUAUUGGUAUGUACAAUUUAUUUACCUAUAUUGUAGAACAACCAGCUCCACGUUUACCAGUAUAUUGUUUCUCAUCUGAAUUUAUAUAUUUUAUUCAUUCAUGUUUACAAAAAGAUGCUAAUGAUCGUUUAUCUAUUGAAAUUAUUCAUAGACAUUUUAUUCCAGAAUUAAUUAAACUUACUUGUCCUCAUUCAAAUCAUAAUACACUUCGACCAAUUUUUAUUGAUAGUUGUUUAAUUAAUUAUUUACGUGGUGUAUUCGCUCGUCAACAAGCUGAAGCAAUUGAUGCUGUUGCAUUAGCUGUUGGUGAAGAUUUUGAUUCUAUUGAUACUGAUUUUGAAGUUACCACUAUGUUGGAUUCAGUAUAGAUCUAUUGUAAUGGUUCACUUUGUCCUAUAUGUGUAUAUAUAUAUUCUAGUGAAAGUAACUGAGACACACACACACACAGAGAAAACUUGAGUAAUACAGAGAAAAGCUAAAUUAGUGUACCAAAAUGUAAUAGGUAUUAAAGUGAAAUCUUUUAAUUUAUUUCUGUGAUCUUUAUUGGAACUUUUUUAAAACCCUCCCUCGACUGAACGUUUCCUUUUCUUAAUUGGAUGUCUUCAUUUUAUUCAUGAUAUUUAUUUCUUCAUUCGUUGCUUAUUCUAAUAUUUUCUCCUGC